UGCACAUGUGCUGGAAUGAAUACCGGAGGAGUGUGCCCUGAAAGAUCUGCUUGGCGGGGCUGGAUAGGGGAUUGGGUGACUUUGGGUCUUGGGGUAAGGGUUUGUUACAGUGUGGGUGCCCAGCUCACUGUUUCCUUAACUUACGUUGCAGCUCCCCAUACCUGGGGACAGUCAGGGACUAGAGCAGCUCAGGAGGUUUCGUGCACCCAGCCGGAAAGCAGCGGCAAGCCAACGGCAGAGGAGAUGACCUCCAAGGAUUACUAUUUUGAUUCUUACGCCCACUUCGGGAUUCAUGAGGAAAUGCUGAAGGAUGAAGUGCGUACGCUGACCUACAGAAAUUCCAUGUUUCACAACCGACACCUCUUCAAAGACAAAGUGGUCCUGGACGUUGGCAGUGGGACUGGAAUCCUCUGCAUGUUUGCAGCCAAGGCUGGAGCCAAGAAAGUCAUUGGGAUUGAGUGCUCCAGUAUCUCUGACUAUGCUGUCAAAAUUGUCAAAGCCAACAAACUCGACCAUGUGGUGUCCAUCAUCAAGGGCAAAGUGGAGGAAGUGGAGCUGCCUGUGGAGAAGGUUGAUAUAAUCAUCAGUGAGUGGAUGGGCUACUGCCUCUUCUAUGAAUCCAUGCUCAAUACUGUCAUCUACGCCCGAGACAAGUGGUUGACCCCCGAUGGACUCAUAUUUCCGGACCGUGCUACGCUGUACAUCACAGCUAUUGAAGACCGGCAGUACAAAGACUACAAGAUCCACUGGUGGGAGAAUGUGUACGGCUUUGACAUGUCAUGCAUUAAAGACGUAGCAAUCAAAGAACCUUUGGUGGAUGUCGUUGACCCAAAGCAGUUGGUCACCAAUGCCUGCCUCAUCAAGGAGGUGGACAUCUACACAGUGAAGGUGGAGGACCUCACCUUCACAUCACCCUUCUGUCUCCAAGUGAAACGCAAUGACUACAUCCAUGCCUUGGUUGCCUAUUUCAAUAUAGAGUUCACCCGUUGCCACAAGCGCACUGGAUUCUCCACCAGCCCUGAAUCUCCCUACACCCACUGGAAGCAGACGGUCUUUUACAUGGAAGACUACCUGACAGUGAAGACAGGAGAGGAAAUAUUUGGCACCAUUGGCAUGAAACCCAACGCCAAGAACAAUCGAGACCUGGACUUCACCAUUGACCUGGACUUCAAGGGCCAGUUGUGUGAGCUGUCGUGUUCAACGGAUUACCGGAUGCGUUAGUCCAUCUGCCCCCAGCCAGUUUUUCUCUCCUCCUCCUGCAGCCACCCUUGCACCCAGAGCUAACCCUUUCCCUCGUCUUAUUCAGUUGACGUAUCACUAAUUCAUUUCAUUGUGUAGUUCCCUGUUGCUGCAACUCUGGGCCAGCAAGGAGAGAGAGGGUCAGUAUUAGAGGCUGGGGGAAAUAGCCAAGACCCCCUUCCAAAACCCCAUUGCCCUUUGUUUGCAAAAUUGCCCUGCCCCCCAGCCAUGAACUUGAGGCUGUUAGCACAACUGAAGACACAUGUGGUUUGUCCUUCCGUCCUUUUGUCCUGAGGCCUGAGUGCUGACAGCAGGCAUCCAUCAUGAUUUUUUUAUUUUGUUUUUGUUAAACCAUCGUUGGUCUCCCCUGACAAAACUGUGUUGCCUAGAAUUCUUCUCCCUCCCGUGCCCUUUUCUAGAGUUACCUCUGCUCCUCUCACUAUCAUCUCCAGUGCUAAUAGUGCUUGGAUUUUCUGGUGUACACACAUCUAUCCAGCAUCCACUAGCAGGGUGGAAUGGGUGUCAAAAGAUGUGUGUGUGAUGUUUUUUUGUUUUGUUUUGUUUUUUUAAAUCAAGAGGAUGUGUGGAGAUGUGGGUGGGAGGGAAAGGGCAUCUCCAUUUUGUGGGUGUUGUUCCUUCACCGACGGUUUUGUACUUCCCCUCUUCAAUUCCCUGUUCCAGACCCCUGGGGGGUGGGGGUGGUUUUUUUUAAGUCCCUUGCCCCUUUGAAAGCUGACAUCGUGUGACUUUCAUAACUUAUGGUUUUUAUAUGGUUACAUUCAUGAGGAAAAAAAAUAAAGAGGUUGAAACCGCCACCAUCACCCCUAUUUUACUUGAAAGCACCCGCACGGCUGCCUAGAGCUACAGAAAUAGAGAGGGGCCUUCCCUCUGCCUCCAUGCCACAGUGGUGUGCCCAGAAAAACAAGUGAGUUGCUCUGUGAAGAACUCCAGAACUAACAACUGGAUCUUGUAGGCCUGCAUUUACUUGUCAUUGCCCUGCUGACUGAUGUGCUGUCAGAGCCAGCCCCAAAUAUUUUGCUACUGGCAGUGUAGCACAGUAUCCCCCCCGACCCCCACCACCGAGAUUUCGCUCAAAAGGGCCAACUGGGCUGGCAGCUGGCUUGCAGCAGUGCAACAGCAGAGCGCCUUCCCCUGCUUGUGAGAGCGGCAGGUCUCGCUUAGGGAGCAAAGGGCAAGUUCAGCUGUACACGCAGCUCUGAGACACCUCACCACCAUUCCUGACCCUCCGCAUCCAUCACCUGAGGCGUUAGGACAGCCCUGGGUUGGACUGCGAAAGAAGCAGACAGUGGAAUCAUACACUUUACAGCCCCUCGAACUUAGUCAUAAAUCAUUCUCACUGCUACAUCAUUAGCCCCGGUAUAUUUAGAAGCAACUUCAAAUCCUGUGUGCUUUUUUUCAGUGUGGAAGACACAGCGCUACGUGUGGUUCAGGCUGGCUCUGCCCUGUCCCUUAAUUGUGGUUAGUGUGAAGGGAGGGGGAAGUCCAGAGUAGGGAGCAUGGUGUGAUUCUGCGGCUAAGAGGCAGGGCUGCCGCUUGGGCACAAGAAGGAAUGUAUUUGAGCAAGCAAGGGAAAAGCUGCUGCUAGGCCAGCUCAAGGUAAACAUAAGGUAAAGAUACGUUGAUGGCUGUGCCCAGGGCUGCGGCUUGCACAAUUCUUCGCCCUUUGCUAGGCCAUCCAGGGUUGAUGGGAGCAGCAACGGUCCCUCCAGGGCCACAUGGGCCCCACCUCUGCUGUAUUACAUUUUGUAUGGAAGUCUUGGAAAGCACUUAUUAAAGGGUUUGUUAAACUGA